UUUACGUUACGCACGUUCUCACUCUCUCUCUCUCUCUUUCUCUCUCUCUUUCUUUUUCUCUUUUUUCGCUCUCCUUUUUUUCCUCCAACUCCUCUUCAUUCCCUCCUCUUCCAUCUCCCUCUCGCUCACCCACCCCCUCUCUCCCACCCUUUUUUUUUCAUCCCUCGCACCGUUUCACUUUCAAGCUCUUUUAGCCCGUCAUUGUCGUCACGAAUCGGCAGCUGCUGCCCGCGUGAUGCCGCGACAGUGAUUAUGCCGAUCGUGUCCUCGUCCAUCCGACCUCGAACUUGUACCGGGGGUGGUUGUUGCUUCGGUCACGCGUAGACGAGCACAGAGACGGAACCGUGCACACUCUCCCGGUCUCGCCGAUUGGUGCUGGCACACGUGGUAGGUACGUUCUCCCGGCGCGGACGUCCACCCGUGCCCGUCGAUCGUUAUCGUCUUUGCGGUUUAUUUUGUAUUUCGCGGUCGUAACGAGGCCGCCGGACGGAAGAGAGAGAGGCGAGAUGGAAAUCUCGCGCAUCCGAGAAAGAGAAUCCUUCGUCGCUUCUCGGUCGGUUCUCGCGCGCGCGGGUGUGAGAUUUUCGGGUCGGAUCUCAGUCUUCGUGAAAGAGGAGUGACAUCCGGAUGAUGUCCGCUUUCCGACGAUCGCGCCAAUGUGUCAAUGUGCGCGAGUGUACGUGCGUGGUGCGUGCGUGUGUGUGUGUGUGUGUGUGUUAUGUGGAUAUACAUGCAUGCGUGUGACUGCACGAGGGAGAGAAAGAGCGACGUCGUCGCGUGCAUGAGCGCGUAUGCCAGUAUCCGCGCGCACGCCGAGUGCAUCGCGCGCGAGAGGGAGGGUGACUGCAUGCGUACGCACAUGUGCACGAUGUGCAACCACCACCGCCAGGCGACGAGGGGGUAAAACGGUUCGGACGCGCGCGACACGGGAGGACUCUUCUCUUUCUCUCUCUCUUUUUUUCUCGCCCCUUCUCUUCUUCCGUUGUUCACUCGUUCUGUGUUUUUCCCUGUCCCUCUUCCUCCCGCGCGUAAGAUCCUCGCAGAACACGCAGAGUACGAAAGAAACGGAUGGUUUUCAGGCAUAACGACGAUAACGAGGCCACCGCCAGGAUUCAGUCAAUUGGUACCGCGCUCAUCGUCAGCGAACGAUGAUAUUUAACUGCGAAACGCACCGCGUUGCACAGUGACACCGGGUGUGUGCAGAAGAGGGACUGGAACAGCCCGCCGGACCGCAGACGCUGGAAAGUCAUAGGAUGGUGGUUUGAAACCGGCGGAACGACACCGGGAAGACGACGCACGUGCGAGCCGAUUCUCUGACAGACUCCCGCAAGGUGAAUAGACACAACGAUGGUAGAUACACAACACUUUUGCCUGCGAUGGAACAAUUACCAGAGCAGCAUAACUUCGGCGUUUGAGAAUCUGCGGGACGAUGAGGACUUCGUGGACGUGACGCUGGCCUGCGACGGCAAAAGCCUGAAAGCGCACCGCGUCGUUCUCUCCGCCUGUAGCCCGUAUUUUAGGGAAUUGCUCAAGAGCACACCGUGCAAGCACCCAGUGAUAGUACUCCAGGACGUAGCGUUCAGCGAUUUGCAUGCCUUAGUGGAGUUUAUUUAUCAUGGGGAAGUGAACGUGCAUCAGCGCUCUCUCAGUAGUUUUCUGAAGACCGCGGAGGUCCUCAGGGUAUCGGGGCUCACGCAACAGGCCGAUCAACCCGACAGAGACGAGCUGUCGCAUGUCCGCGCGCUAGCGGCCGGCGGCAAUCACCUGCCGUUCCAUGAGAAGUCGGAGGAGACCUUUCCCCGUGGUGGUUCGCCACCUACACCUGUAGCCCCGACGCCAACCACGGUGCAACAACUACUGCGCCGUGCCCAGAUACGACGUAACGAGAGACGUACCCCGGAUCCGCACGAUGAGGUGAAGAGAUCGCGGGUGCCGUCGCCGCCGCUCAACAACAACGAUGCCACGCCCACGGACUUUUCGAUGAUGAAGAACAAUCAUCUGCCCGCCAAGGUGGAAGGCAACGGGGUGCACGAUGAGAACAGUCUCGUCGAGGACAAUAUCAAGUGCGAGCCGCUAGAGCUGACCGGCGGCAACGGCGGCGGAAACGCCGGCAACAACGAGGACUCGUCGGAUUCCGGCGCCGCGGCGUCGGACCGGCCACCCGCGUCCGCGAGCAGCAACGAGCACGAGCCGGAACCAGACCACACGUCCGCGCAGAACUUCCUGCCGGAGAGCAAGCUCUUCACGUCGACGCCCGGUAGCUUCAACUUCAGCAUGGCGGCACUCACCACCGAUCACUCGGCGUUAUCAGUGAAAUUUCCAGGGUUGGGCCACGGCUUACCAACACCGGACCUAGCGGGUACUUCGCAAGGUACGGGCAACGGGAUGCAUCCGGCACCGACGACGCCUCCCACUGUCAUGUACCGAAUGCCACUACCCACUCCGGGUGGCAUAAACGAGCCUCAGGAAUGCCCGUACUGCCGUCGCACGUUUUCAUGCUACUACUCCCUCAAACGUCACUACCAGGACAAACACGAGCAAUCGGACACGGACUUCAUCUGCGAGUUCUGCAACCGUAGGUACCGCACGAAGAACUCGCUGACGACACACAAGAGCCUGCAACAUCGCGGCACCAGCGGCGUGCUGAAGCGGCUCCUAAAGGCCUCGGCGAUUAAGAACGUCCUUGGUAGCAUGCAUCAUCAGAUGCAGAUGCAGCAGCAACCGCAAUGAAAACGUCGGAAAAAUCAAAGCUUUUCCUGCUGGACCGUCUGCGUCGUCGUCAUCGUCGUCAUCGUCGUCGUCGUCGUCGUUGUCAUCGUUGUCAUCGUCAUCGUCAUCGUCGCUGUCGUCGUUUCUCACGCAAUUCGCUCGAUCGACAUCACUCUGUCAGCAGCGCGUGAACUCUGAAAACCAACGCCAAAUUAUCGGAAGUACACACGUAGAGAGAUACACGAGAGCGUGCUCUCAUCUUCGACUCGGGCUCAAUCGAAGAUCGGUUUGACUCGGAUCGCAAUCGAUGAAAUCCUUUUCCUUUGUCUACAUUACAGAUCCGUGAUGCAGAAAGAGAUCACGUGCUGACAGAAGUUGGCCAGUGUCGAGCUAUCGACACGACUCGCGUCUACCUGCUAAAUCCCUCGACUUAGACAGAAGUCGAUUAGCUCGAACUAAUUAGGUAACCGACUUGGCCUUUUCUGUCUACGUCGCUGGUCUGUAAUCUAGGAAGGGAUCAGUUGAUGAUCACAGUUAAUUAACCGAGAUUAUCAACUUAUACCAUAAACUAGGCUGAGUAAAAUUAACAAUAACCCGGAUUAAAUAAAAUUUCAAUUCUCUGUCUUUGCAUUCAGAUCCGUGAUCGAGAAAGGGAACAGAAAACGACAGAUAGCUGAGUUGGGUUCAGUUCAGUCCAGGUGCGCAGCGCAAUGCCCUUGCAAGGCGCAGCACAGUACUGGUCGCGAGACGUGAAAUAGGAAACGGAUGAGAAAGAAGGGAGGGAAGCAAGUAGAGAUAGAGAUAGAGAUAGAGAAGUGGAGCUCUGAAGUUGGGGUCUGAAACGCGGACGAGCUUGAUCCGAAUUUCGGUGUCUUCUAAUUUCCCCACGUUUUUCCAUCUCGAUAUGUAUAUACAUACACACGCGGUUUUUCUAGUUUAAAGUCACUCGCCGUAGAGUUGUAAUUUUUCAUUUUCUUUCGUCAAGACUGCAAUCAAUCCAAAGAAGGACAAUUUGACUGAGAAGCUUGUAGCUCGACUGAAGCGAAGAAAGGAAGGAAGGCAGAGAACGAGGCUCGAACUCGAAGUUAAAGUUUAGCGCGCGAUGUAAGAAACACAUUCCAUUGUCGGCGAAUUGCAUGCCGGUGCAGUUAGAAUUUCGAUUCUCCAACGAGAUUUCGAGUGGGAAAAUUAUGCGAGGAGGCCUCGAAGGGCACGCUUUCAGCUGACGUUCUCCAGAGAGCGCAUCGCGUAGGAAGCUUAGAGGAACGCACGUAGAGUAGAACGGUUUGAAAAGGGAACAGAGUCUUCCGGAGAUCAUUUCUGAGAUUGAAUUUUACAUUUACGGAAGUGCAGAAUUUUUCCAUAUCGGCGCUAUCGAGACACGCCUGAAGGGUUUGGAGAACGCGCCUAACCGGAUCGUACGCGAGUUUUAACGCGUUCCGCGCUCGCGAUGGAUCAACGAGAUCGGAUGAGGCGAUUGGCGAACGCUCGGAUCAGCUGCUCAGAGUCUUGUCGAGUGUGGACCAGACGAUUUUACGUGUUACUAUAAUCCAGAACGCGAUCAAACGACAAGGAAGAUCCAACGUGAACGAGAUCGAGGAUUGACGCAUCGCGUAGAUUACGAACACGCGUGGCGUAUGCUGCACUCUACGCGAAUAAAUCGAAUAGACAGAUCGCGAACAGUCGUUUAGGCAGGGAAACAAAAAAAAUACGAAGCGAAUCGACGAUGCUAGGCCUAAAGGCGAAACGGACGCUUCUGAUCGCGCAAAAGAUGACGUCGAUCGAAGAUAAAAAACGAUCGCGACGACGGUAGUGACGUGGGACAUCGAGUUGCAAUCGAUCGAUGUAGAUGUUGCCGAUUAUUGUAAAAGUGGGAAGGGGGGACGAGAUCGGUUUUACGAGAUCGGAGGAGAAAGGGAGGUAGACGCGGAAGUGGUAGAGCUAUAUCAUGGGUUCUUAACGUGUAUAUGUAGAUUCGUCGUAUGCGCUAAAAAUACAAACUAUAUUUUUAACUCUUUGAAAAUAAUAUUUUGAACUGUAAAUAUAUUAUAUUCGUACGAUACAUCGAUAACGAUGAUAUUCUCCUGUUCAGAUUUUAUAAAAAUCGGCAUAGUCCUACAUAGAUAUUUCACGGAUGGGCGGAGCAGUGCCCGCGGUCCAUUCUCUUUAUUUAUCUUGUACAUUUUCAACGAUUGUCCACACAUCAGGAAGCCAUCUAUGUCGCGCGCGUUUUCUGUAGCCGCUAAUCGAGCCGGGGAAAUCCUUUCUACAUUCCGUUUAGUGUUCGCGACUAGUGCGAGACGAACGCAUUUCUCCGCGAAUCGAACUCUAAACGGUUGAAAUAGAUCGAGUCGUUCGAUGAGACAUUUUACAGGGGAACACUGCUCUGCUCCUCGGACUUUAAUAUAUCCAUAUUAACAAAUGUACAAGCAAGAGGAAACCCUAAAAAAGUUGUUCAUCGUAACAUAUUCAGGUUUAAAACUCAGCGUAGAGAAACGAGAAAAAUGUUGAUGUUUUAUCUCUGUAAGGCGAAAAAGGAAAUGCCAUAAUAAUUAACGAGCAAGUACAAAUUAUCGUGGAAAAUAUAAAUUAUGUCUACGUCUAACUUUUAAGAUGCGUAGUAUCGGGAAAGGAAUAUUUAACGGAAGCGCGGGAAAAUUACGGGAGAAAGGAAACGCAGCGAGGGAGGGACACGCCUCCCUCGAAUUUCAUCGCCGGGCGAAUUGAUUCUGGAAGAACCGCGCGCGAGUAAAAUGGAAAGGGUAAAAACACGAGUUUUCAAACAUAUCUUCGAAGUGUGAAGUAUACUGUGAAAAAAAAAUACGAGUUUAGAUAUUUAGGCCGUCUCUCUCCGCCGAGAGAUUUUAUAAUUAUUACAUAUACAUUCUUAAAUAUCGGUAGGUCGAUUUUCGAUGACGUUUGGUCAGGGCAUAAUGUGGAGAGCACGACAUCGAUUGGACGAAUUAUCGAAAUUUGCGUGAUUUUGCGUUCCUGUUUUCUUUUUUCUUUCCUAUUUUAUUUUUUAAGAAAAAGGAAAGAGUCAUUUCGGAGUUGCUGAGAACGCUCGAUUGGUUGGAUUAGUGAAGAAAAAGAUAUUUAUCCUAGUCAUUCUGGAAAUUUUUGUGAUUCUGUGAUAUCGAAGAUCGUGGCAUUGGACGAUGAGAGAAAAGAAAGAGAAGUGAAAAGAGAGAGACCAAAAAUGCGUUUAGUCUGUUCCACAUUAUGAUCGCCGGGCGUACUCUUAAAAAAUAAAAAAAACUCUUCUAGCGAGGAGUAAGAAAUUAUAGUAAUUGAUUAUAUUAACGAUUAAAGUAAUAUCGAGAAAUUUCUGUGAUGUUCUUCAAUUGGUAUACUAGCGCGACUGCUAAGUAAUUAUGUGAACGGAAAAAAAAGUAUACGGAAUUUAUGUCGAUGUUCGGUGUUGUAAUUGUAAGAGGCGAGACUGUAUCGAGAUGAAAAGAUUUCAACGUAUAUAUUACUUCGAAAUUUUGCGAGAUGGGAUAAGGAUAGGGACGAGAUGGUGGGCAAUCGCUGGUCGAUCUAACGAGAAAAUCAUUCCUUUUGUGCGCAGCAAAUAAUUUUUCGUGUCGCAUACGGACAAUGAAAUACACUGAAAUCGACGUGCAAGUCGACAACUCUAUUUACUCGGCAAUUCAGUUUUUAAUUUCGUAUAUAUGUGUGAUCCACCUGAAAAUUUUCCUACGUGUGUACGUAGAUCGACGAAUUCUUUCUUUCAGUAUUCUUUUUUUCUGGCGCGAGCGGUAAAUGCAUCGAAAGCAAUCAGCUGUUGCCAUUCAUCGCAGAUAAACUUAGUCUAGUGUAAACGUUUAACGUUCGCGUGCGCGUGUCGGGUGAAUAGGUGUGCGCGUACGAGUGUGUGCACGUGGACGUGCCGUAUGCAUUACUUGCAUACACGUCCACACUCACACGAGGCACGUAACUGCUGCAGGGUAACGACCCCAUUACACGCCGGAGCGAACGCGAGGAAAGAGAAAAAAAAUAUCGAAUCGAAGCGGAAUGACUAUAGAUUAUUUAUCGGAAUGUGCCAAGGCCUCGAACCGUUUACACGGACGUAAUUUUAGUUAGAUAGGACGCGCCCCGUCUCUCCCGUUGAGGAGGCAUACUAUCAAUAUUUAAUAAUCGUUUUAGAGUAUAACGGAAGGGGUACGAUUAAAAAAAAUAACAAAAAGGAUAAAGAUAUAUCACACAGUGAGUCUUCGGGAUUUUUAAUGUGCGGAUUUUUCGUCUCAUAAGUCGAUUUAUCGUCCCGAUUUGUCUUAAGGAAAAAAGCUCCCCGAGGAGGAGAAAGCGCGAUAUGGCGAAAAUUUAGUCUCGGUUCUAUCUUACGUUUCGCUCGCAUCCCGCGUGCAACUCGCGUGUACAUACGAGAUUCUUAAGGAACUUAAGAAACCACGUAUUUUUUUUCUGGCAGAGAGAAAAAGAAAGAGAGGGAGAGAGACCGAUACGUGUAACUCUCAGCAGGAUUUAUUAUGCGACGCGUGUGUUUCGCUUUGAGGAACCGCGCGACAUGUCUUUCUCUUUCUUUCUCUUUUUUUCUCUCUCUCUUUGUGGUUCGUGGUUUUACUUAAAAUUACACGUUUCUUUUCGCGCGAUACGUCUGUCGACCGGCGACAACAUGGUGCAAUCUCAUCGUCAGCAGGCUAAAACGUUCACUCGGAACGUAUUCUUCCGGAGCGUAUUCCCUGGUGAAUUUAACUAUAACCUGCACUGUUAACGGCUUCCUUUUGACCUUAAAGAACCACGUUGUGUCUAAGUUGGUAGUUGUCCGUUCGCCGAUGAGCGGGCCCUACGGUGUAUAAUUCGGAUCGUUAUAACCGAAGAGGUCAAGUUUACUUCCUGGCGCUGUGACGAAUACUUUGAUACGCGAAUUUACUUUUGAGAAGGCUGAUUUUUGUAACGUUUUAAUCGUCAGUUUAUUUAAAGACUCAAAUUUAUGUGUACUAGUUUCUUCGUUCUUCUUAAUUCCUACUUUUAAAGGAAUCGACUGAUUAGAUUUUCUUCCUUUUUUUUGAUUGGUUUAAAGUUAUCUUUUUUUUUCUUUUCGUCAUGUGAUAUUAUAUUACCAAAGAGCAUCGAGAAAACUUUGUAAAACUUUCCCCGACGUGAGUGGUGUGUGCCCUGGAGAAUACGGAACUGCGAAUGCACCGCAUUCAUGUAACGCGUCUCAUGUAAUUUUUCUAUUGAGAACUAUGAGCCACGCAAUCUUGUUUCAUUCCUACGUGCAUCUUAUUUUUCGUAAAAAUACAGUUUUGCAGUUUACAUCAGCUGGUAAAUCAAUAGUAACUUAAUGGUUGCAACAGCGCAGUUCGCAGUUCCAGCCGGCUAUCGGAAACGCUACAAAAGUCCGGGAAAGUUACAAAUCGAUUGUUUUCGACGGAAACACUCUUCGGUUUCAGUAAAAAGAGAAAAGAAAUUUAAUUUCCAAAAAGGGGGAUCAAAUGGAACUAUGAAAGGAAAACAAAGAGAAGUAAGAAGUACAUCAACGCUAAUCAAUAAAACGAAAUAGCGAUAUAAUUGUAAUGAAAUUGAAGAAAACGAAAAAAAAAUACGUCAUGCAUAGGAGAAAGACUACUUAGAUUUAUUUUUAUUAUGUCUGCAAAAAGACUUUAAAAUAAAAUAUUUAAAUUGUGCCAUAAUUAAUAUUAACAAAAGAAGAAAAAUGAAAUCUUAAGUAUAAAUUUUUAUUGUUACAAAAGUUUUUAAAUUUAUCGGAAGAGAAGAAAAAAAAUCGCAAAAAAAGAACGAAAAAAAAGUGACGUGUGUGAAACGAUAAGAAAAAGAUUAUAUCAUUACUAUCUAUGGGUAAUUAAUAGUAUGAUAGUUCUUAGAGAAAAACAGACGUCGUGUCAGUCUAAUGACGAUUGUCGUAUCAACAAGAGAAGCUAGGAUUAAAUAACAGUUGGUUAUUUGCGCUCAAUAUAACUAAGAACUUUGUAGUAUGGAUCUUUUUCUACUCGUACCAAAAAUUUUAUUGCUAACUGUCGACUUCGUUUCUUUUUUAUGUGUACAUAGGGCAUUACCUCAUAUCGUUCUUAUCAAACGUGUAAUGCGAAAUUACGAUUAAACGGUUCAAUGAAAUUACUGUCAACUUGAAUGUCCGAUUUCUCGGGACGAUCAGUUCGCUAGUCAGAUAUCGUCACAUGCAGAGAAACACAGAACACCGAACUCGUACUCGCGAGAAUGAAUAAUUUCGUUUUAACGCACAGCACGCGACACACAUUUUGUCACAAUGCGAGAAAGUUGUCGCAUUACCGCGUCGUGGUAAUCCAAUGUACGGCUUGGUACCAUACAAUAUACAUAUAUAUAUACAUAUAUGUAUGCACUUAGUAUGUAUAUAUAUCUGACAAGCGCAACGCAUCGUCCGCGUUCAAUCUAACGAUCCAAUCCAAUAUCUUUUCGGGCCGAUAGGAGCUUACAGCGAGAAACUGGAAACGUUGAUGAUCGCUCGGCUGCGCGAUGCGACGUGCCGAGACGAGAAGACGAGAGAACUUUGAUGUAGCCAAGAAGAGAUGUACAUAUGUACGAUGUACUCACCGCGAAAGAGGGACAAGCCCAUGCGAAUAUAUUACUUCUCCACCGUGUAACUGAGGUGUAUAUGUGUAUGUAUAUGUAUGUGUGUACGUAUACGUAUAUGUAUACGAUAUGUCUGUGUAUAUACUAGAUUAAGGGUGGCACGCCGAGCGUGGCACGCUACAAGCUGUCGCGGAUAGCCGCGGUGGUUCGCACUAGCGUAAACGAAUGAGGUAUGCGCUAUUUUCUUAAUGUAUCAUACAACGUAAUAGGCACGAGAGGAAGGCCGAUCGCCAAGGGCUUGUUUUUCGGAAGCUGAAGAGGGACUCGCGAGUCUUCCGCGAGAAAAGGAUGACUGAAUCGGAAGGGUGGAACGGAUUUCCGAAACCGGAAAUGACGGCCGAAGAGCGACGUCCACGGCGAUUGCGUUUCGUCUCGCUCGUCACGCAUUGUACGUCCGUUAUUUCUGAUAAAGUUAUGAAUAUCAUUGUACGUAUAUUAAACAUAUCUUCCGCGAGUCUGUCCCCCGCCUAGAGAGAGGGGGAUGCUUGUGUGUAUUCUAACAUCGCCGGAGAGUUUUAUAUUAUGCUUUACGUAUAUCGUUAUGAUUGUAUCAUUAUCAACUCACCGUCAUCUCGUCGUCACCGCCCCCAUAAUCACCGACGUUCAUCCCCCAUUGAUAAUCAUCGUUCUUGCACCACUGUAAUUAUUUUAUUAUCCUUAUCAGUUAUUGAUUAUAAAUAAUUAUAUAUGUAUAUUAGUAGUAGUAGCGGAGAGAACAGAUUUCUAGUUUAAUUUCUAUCACUAUUAACUACCACUACUACUACUACUACGAGUAUGUUUACUGCUGUUAUUAUAUUGUUACUAGUACCGCUGCAUCAUACUAUUAUUUUCGAUAUUGUCAAUGAGUUUUGUUAUAUCGAGAUAUACGUUUAGCAGAUUAUAGUUUAAUUGAGAUUUGUUCAUAUUGGAGCGUGUACGAUAUUGAGGAGUGGUCGAUGGUACGUUAUGUUGCACUGUGUACGCAUAAAUAUUGUAUAGACACCUUUGUUAGAGUAUCUAUCUUUUCAGAUCCUUAUUUUUAUUUCGAUUAUUCUAUUACGACGUUUUAUAAAACUGAUUGUUUAAAUAUGUUAGGGGAACUUAUUGAAUACUUAUUAUUAUUAUUAUUGUCACAGUUAUUAAUAAUUAUUAUUAUUAUUAUAUUAUUGCCGCUCUAUUAUAGUAAUUAUAAUUAUUACGACUAUUCCUGUUAUCAUGAGUACUGUAUUGCUAUUAUCGUCAUUCACCACUGCAAUCAUUUUUUACAUCUAACACCGCUAUCGCUACGUAACUGAUAUCGCUAUUAUAAAGAGUAAUAUUUAUUCGGAAAUCCGUCGUGACGAGUGUAUCGCGCGUUUCGCAAGGGGAUGAGCGAUGUACAGCCACGACGCGCAUUUAUUACGAUUGCGACUCGCGUGUCGCAAGAUGAACGAGGUCCGCUCGCGCCGCAAGAUGUUUUCGCCGCGACGCGACGGGGCUGCCGAUAAUCCCGUUUUAUCGCUACAUUGUAAGCUUAAUUUUAGUUGCAUCAUCGUCACCGAGAUCAUAAGCUGUCGAAAAGCUGUAGAGCGGGUCGUAGAACGCAAAAGGAUCCACGUGUUGCAAGAGCAGGUCACAUAGCGCUUUCCGUUUAUCGGUUUCCGCCGGAGGAAAAAGAAAACCCUCGUAUCUCUGUAUCUGGAGAAGCAAUGCCGAGGGGGCAUCGACGAGAAUGCGAGACCCUCGCGAAGGGUGGAAGGUUCCUGCGUGGACUUCACUUCUCACAUUCCGUUUUGCAUUUGUGUUCAUUUCUCUUCUCUCUGCUCGAACCUUGACGUAGUGUUUUCAAAUGCAUCAGCCGGUGAAUUAAAGAUAGUGCUGCUUUCGUCCCACUGGGCUGAGAGCUUUUCUUUAUUGCUUGUUAUCGAAAUCGAUCGAAGCUCUCCUUCGGAGAAUAUCGUUAUUAUUAUUUAAGCGCUGAUGCAGUAUUAUGUUUAAUUGGUCGAGAUAGAUGUCGGUGCCUUUUUUAUUUUAUGUUAUUUUACAAUUUCAUUUUACAAAUUGAUUUCUUACAUGUAAAUUGUGUUGAAUAUCUUUCUGAAUUUAUUUUUUAAUCGGGCGACUGCACACGGCAAUGCCGUUUUUUCGGAGCUAUCUCCAGGUACAUUAUAUUGAGGUUCGAGUGCGCCUGUGCUUUUUACAUAUCCCAUCGUCGUAACGAUGUCGAUUGACUUGCCAGAGCCGAUCGAUUGAACUGUAAUAACGACGUGUCGAUGCGAGUCCGUAUUAAUUUUUCACGCAACGGAUCACAUUUCUCAAGAAUUCUCGCACAAUUUCGCGACGUUGUGGAAUCUUCGGUGGACAAUCACGGCCCGACUAUAAUUAUAAUGUAAACAAAGUGCAACACGCUGCCUUGCUGAACAGUACAAGUACAAAACGAAUACAAAUACAUAAAGAAGAAGAAGAAGAUAAGGAAGAAGAAGAAAAAGAAAAAAAAUACGCGUCUUCUCGAUUUAAUGGACGGGAACGAUUACCGGUAGUUAAGGGAUAUCAAAACACGAAGAUAAAAACGACGACAAAUUGUUAAACCGUUAAGUAAAGUGGAAGAUAACAAAAAAAGAAGAAAGAAAGAAGAAAAGAGGCUUCGUUACAUAUGACAACGGCCCGGAUCCGUCGAUCAUAUCUACUAUGCAUGCACGCACGAGGGCUAAAUCAACGACGGUGAAAAUGCGUUUGUUCACAGAUACCUCAGUUGCCGUGGCCUCAGACCUUCUCGAGUUUUACAAUCUCGCGUUCCGCUACGACGUGUCUCUCUCGUCCGUUUAUCCUGUCCGUUGCACUGAUGAUUCUCAAGGAAAGGCGUAGCGUGAUAGUACCUUGCACUUGCGUGUAAACUCACACACAGCAGCAUACGUGUAAAACGUGUAAUAUUUACCGUGUACCUCGAUCUGCAUCUCCGGAUCGUACGACACUGUCAUUUACGGGGAACGCUUAGCAACGACAUACAUAUAUACGUAUACAGAUCGAGCCGGAGGAGGUGAUCAAUGUGAUUGGAUGGGAAAGUGCCGGAGAUAGAAGAGUCGAAGUACGAAUUGCUGUGACUCGAAACUAGAAUAGCAUCCUCCCAACUUCAGUCUUGCGCCAACUGCAAGAUGCGAGAUAAGAAUACAAAGAGAGAAAGAGGAAGAGAGAGGGUUCAGUUCAGUUUAGUUACUUCGAGUCUUGUGUCUCUCGCACGUUUCUCCCUGCAAUUUAAUCGGUCACGGAGAGCUACAUGUACAUAUUUAUCUCGCGUUUAAGCGCGUCUCUUCUCUUUAUUCCGCCCUUGCCCGCCCGCCCCGCUAAUCGUUCUUCCGUCACGCGUCUCCAAGGCGAAGGGUGAUCCGUCAUGAUCGACACGAUCGACCCUUCGUGCCGAUGUAAUAACAACUUCCGUCAUUAAUGUACAUACGAGGCUCUCCCGCGUCGAGCGCCGACUAAUUCCAGAUAGAUUUGUACGUCCCUCCUCUCCGCCCACUCGCGAUACUUGCAACGUGAUCGAGCAUGAUCGAGGAGGAGGACUCGAUGACGUUCGCUCCGACAAAGCCUAUUCGACGAGAAGAGCCUAAUUAUAUGAUAUAUAUAUAUAAAUAUACAUAUACAUAUACAUAUACAUACAUACAUAUAUAUUUUACGUCUCCGCAAGAUCUCGACCGGAAACUUUCGUUCCGGGGGAGAUCCCACGCACAAACGCACAGCUUCCGGUCCCGCCAAGGCCCGGGGCUCGAAGAAACGACACUGCCAAAAUCUACGUACAGCUCGUUAUACGACACCUCUUUUCCAAAUGAAAAUUCCACCGUUCCCUUUCUCCCUGACUUGUCCUCCAUCUCCCGCUGACCCUGCGUUCCACCCUUCCCCCGUGUGCGUAAGAAUUUAUCUGAACUGAGGUAAUCUUCCCGUAUGUGUGUGUCUGAGGCUCGGCAAUAAGAUAUACUUCUCACUAAGCUACAAUAUAGUUGUUGCUGUACUUAUUUCUGUCCUGUAUUUUGUCAUCGGUCUUUCUUCUUUCUCUUCGGAUAUUCAAUGCGGCUACGAGCAACACGUGCAUCGUUCGUAUAUGCGACGGACUCCCAUGAGGGUGCACCUUUGUUCUAGAGGAACGAGUGAGAGGACGACGCAUGUGAGCCACGAGCGCGCGAAACUCGCCGUAUCAUUAUUAUUAUGACUUUUUUAAUUAUUAUUAUUGCGAUUAUUAUUAUUAUUAUAUUAUAUUUUACAGAGAGUGCGGAUAUUAGAUAUAAAGAUAUGUAUAGAUAGAACAUACACAGACAGAGACGUACACACAAUGCGAGCGCGCGCAAGCACGCGCACACACGUACACAUAUUAUUCCGUUAUCGCCGUUAUACCAUCCGUGUAACAUAACAUUGCGAAUAAACUUGCAGUUUAUUAACCGAUCAAA